UUGGACGGGAUGGGACGGGUCUGAGCUGGUGGUGGCGUGCGUCAGUUCUUCAAGACCAGCUGCCCCCCGCUCCCCACCCACUUCGUCCUACUUCUCUCGGCUUCAUUACUCUCCACAUUUGCAUUUGGAUCGAGAGGCAUUGGAGCGCGCAGCAAUGGCGGGUGAACUUCCGACGCCCUUGGACAUGGAGAACUCGCCGGCGGUCCCGGCCACGGCGGCCGCAAACUGGUCCAAAUGGUCAACGCUCCCAGACGAUCUCGUCCGCCGCAUCGCCAAGUGCUUCCUCUACACCAAUGACGUUGACUACUACAUGUGCUUCCGCGCCGUCUACCCCAGCUGGCGCGCCGCCACCGGCGACCCCAGGAGAGACACUCGGGAGCCCUGCUUCCGUUGCUUCCAGCCGCUACAUUGGAUGGUCCUGGACGACGACUUCCACAGUGACGACACGCGGGUGUUGGUGAACACCGCCACCGGCCGCAUCGUCCGCAAGAAGCUGUUGGAAUUUAGUCUAUUUUGGGCAGCCCAAUAACUAUUUCAGUGAUUGCUGGAAUUUAAUCUAUUUUGAGCAGUCCAAUAACUAUUUCAGAAAUUCCUAAUAAAUCCUAAAGACCCACUUAGCCCAUUUGUACAAGGUAAGGGAUACUACUAAA